GCGCAGCGUACGUGCAGCUGCAGUGGCAGUGAAGGUGGAGAACCACCUUCUUCCCACCACCUCCCUCUGCAAACUGCGCCGUUCCCGACCGGGGGCAGCCCCGGCUGGGCACAGCAUGUGAGAGCUGCUCCAGGUGCCACCGCUGCAAGGGAGCAAGAGGAACGUUUUCGGAGGCAUUUCUGAAGGAAGAUGGAGAACCCCCUUCUUUUAUUCCCCCAGCUGAACAUUUCUGCUUCAAAGGACAAACCCUAUUACAAAGUCAUGAAAUCGGUGAUUAAAGAAGAGCCACACAAAGCGAGCAAACCUGGAGCUAAGCAGAAGAGAAAUAGGCUGAGCCUGCUCCUGCAGAAACCUGAAUUCCAUGAAAGUGACCAUCUUGGUAAACCUGGAAACGUGGCAAAACCAGCAAGCAGUGUGUCUCCUGAAGAAGCAGUGAAAUGGGGAGAAUCUUUUGACAAACUGCUUUCUGAGAAAGCUGGGCUGGAUGCCUUUACAAAGUUUCUGAAAACUGAGUUCAGCGAGGAGAACAUCGAGUUCUGGAUAGCUUGCGAGGAUUACAAGAAAAGCAAAACUGCACAUGAACUUCUGCCAAAAGCUAAGACCAUUUUUGAAACAUUCAUACAGAAAGAUGCUCCAAAGGAGGUGAAUUUGGACUUUCACACCAAAGAAGCCACAAGUCAGAAUAUUCACCAGCCCCUCAUCACCACCUUUGACACAGCACAGAACACAGUCUACAGGCUGAUGGAGCAAGACAGCUACCCACGCUUCCUGAGAUCUGAUCCUUAUUUAAAUUUGGUUAAAGGGAGAAAUCCCAGUCGUCCCACCCUUAGGAGGCGGUCACGGUCUUUUACUGUCAAUGAUUUUCAAGGUGUACGCCCAGACUUUACUGUUUGGUAACAAGAAACCUCUGCCCUCAUAACAUCUAGCUACUGCAGCUACCUGUAUGCGUUUUAAAAUCCAAAUCCUUAGCAGGUGUAAAUAAGUGGCAAAGCAAAAUUAAAUGCACCUACACCAGGUCAGAGUUCUGAAGUAGAUGAUUAAUCUCAUUUUCAUAGAGAAGUAGGCAACAUAUUGGCAAGUCAUAUAAUGUAAAGUUUUUAUACAGUACUUUUUUUAAACUCAAGCAAAAGCUGUGAUCAUAUUUGGAGGAAAAAAUUGAAUUUCCUGCAUAAAAAUGCGGCAUAAAAUGCCAUUUGAUAAUAUCCAACAUUUAUCCUGGGCCUGUAUCAUUUAGGCCAGAGUUUCAUCACAGUUAGCAUGUAUAUACAUAGUCUUUGCACAUAUUUAUGUUUCUGCCAUAUUUCCUACACUAAGGACAGAGAAUCUGUGGUAUUUUCUCAUGCUGUAAAACACACGGGAACAUUAUAAGGUAUAAUGCAAAGUUACAUGAAUUUUAACUACAGACACUGCAUAAUUAUUAUGUAGCUAUUGCCUGUUUUAAGGGGAACAUAAAAAUACAUAUUUAAUUUUUUGAGGAUACAUUUUGUACUUUUUUCUUAUUACAUGUGUCUGUUCUCUGUAUUUAAGUUAUGCUGUAUAGAUUAACUUUGGCAUCAAAUACUCGUAUUCUAAUUUUGAGCAGCAAAAAAAGAGCCAAGAAUGUUAUUUUAACACAAUGUGCGUCAUUAAAUAUCAGGUCAUGUCCAUGUAGAUAUAUAUAUAUAUAUAAUAUUUCUACUUUUAUUUGUAAAUAGCCAUGGUAUGCCACCUUUGUUACUACACUUUGUUCUAAAUUUUCUCUGUCUUUCAUUUUGCAAGUGUAUCUGAAAACUAACAUCUCUUGGACUCAGGUAGAAUAACUUUCAGUUCUAUUGGUCAUUAAUAUACUAUCUAUACUUUAUAGCAGAGGAAGGAGAAAUCGCCAUUUUUAUUUCCUUACUAUUGAAAUCUCAUAUAUUUUUCAUACUCAGCACACACAGUUAUCCUGUCCUUCUCUUUCAGAAUUGAUGCAGACAUACCUUGAAGCAUGGGGCAGUUCUUAAAAGCUUAAACAUUGGUUCAGUUUAGCAAGGGGCUGCAGGAUUUAUUUGUAACUAUGGCUUCUAUUUUCAGUUGCUUCACAUGGAAUUUAAGUUUUCUCCCUUUUCUUCUCCUUUCUGUAAAUGGUGAAAGAGAAGAGAGGAAGUUCCUAAGGAUGGGACUUUUAUGUUCAUUGCUAAUUUGGAGUGUAUAUGAACUGCUUGAUCUGAGGGUUUCUGUGUCUGCUUUACUAACUUUCAAUAAAUCUGAUCUACUUAA